AUGUGGAAGUGGGAGUCAAACUUCAGAAACCAUAUAAUCGAUGAGAAGCCAAUCAAGGAAGCGAGUAUCUUCAGGUACCUAGGAAGUUGCAUCUCUGGCGAAGGAGGUCUUCAAGAUGAAAUAUCUGCCAAGACAAACGCAUCCUGGAUGAAAUGGAGGACCUUCACAGGAGUUCUAUGCGACAAGCGAAUGCCAGUGCAGUUCAAAUCCCAAAUAUACCGUACUGUGAUCCGUCCCACAGCGCUGUAUGGCAGCGAAUGUUGGCCCAGUACGCAAAGAACACAAGCUUGGUUUCAUGAAGAAAAGAAUGCUGCGUUGGACAUUAAGUAUCACCUUGUGGAUCAUGUCUGUAAUGACACAGUUCGUGCAAGGAUGAAAGUUGCUCCCAUCGUUAAGAAAAUGCAGGAAAAUCGACUGCGAUGGUACGGGCAUGUGAGCAGAAGAAAUGAGAACCAUAUUACAAGAAUGGCCAUGUCUCUGGAGUUUGCUGGAAAAAGACCACGGGGAAGACCAAAGAUGAGGUGGAUGGACAGCAUCAAAGCUGACCUGAAAGAGCUUAGCAUAGACAACAUCAUGCCUUAA